CGAACCAUGGUUGCUGGUCCCCGAGAUAGGUUUGCCUCGGACUUAUCGAACUGUUAGCUUAUUUCGCCUUCGCUUACUUGAGCUCUCGUGACCCCGUGCUGUACUCUGUAUGGACUGGCCAGGCGAAUAUGGAGUCCGGUUCUGUAUGGCAAAUCGAUCUUGUUGGAGAUCAUCUAUCUAUCUAUCUGUCUGUCUGUCUGUCUUCGGGCUGAAUCGUAUCGGACACCAGGGGCGAUCGACAAACAGUCGGAUGGCCAUUGGGAUCCAGGUCAGCAGUGAAGGUGUCUCAAACACCCCAGCUCUGUCUGACCGGGCGCACAAGGGCAGUAGUUUAUGCAUGCACGGUGCUUUUUUGAAGACACACAGAAUCCUGGGUGUCCUCGCGGCCUAUCUAUCUUCAGAUCUAACUAAGCACUCGUCGCUCCUGUGCAUGUGGGUUGUUCGUCGUGGGUUACCGACGGAGGACCCAUUCCGUCGCUAUCGAGAAGCCCCCGUUGCCCCUUUCUCAAUCCCCGAUUAUAAUCCGGACCAUGCUUGUGUACCGUCGACGCUGUCUUCUCGACUUCCAUUCGCCUGAGCUGUGACGGCCGGGGUCGCACUGCAUCCUGCAGCCAGGAUGGCUGAUAUUGGAAGCUGCUUCGUGUCCAAUUCCAAGCGAUCGUAGGCCGGCCUGUGCUCCUCGGAGUUUCCGGGAUCACCCAACGCGCCGCAGCACUUGGGCCCUUGUUCCCGGACCAAACGGGAGACCUUUGCCAGCAGGCUCGGAGACGGGGGGGUGUGUGGGAGUUGGCGCGCCUAAAAGGCCAGAACCCACGGAGUAACGACCCAAUAAAUAAGUAAUUAGACACAAAGGAUUGUAAGAUCUACAGCGCA